AACGAUAAACGGACCGGUAACGAGUCAGGUAACAAGUGAGAACGGAUUAUUCAACGGAGGAAUAAAGUCAGAAACUCCGCGAAGAUGAGUGGUGAAGCUCCAAUCCAAAGCAUUCCAAAUGCAGUUAAGUUCUUGUUUGGAGGAACUGCAGGGAUGGGUGCCACUGUCUUCGUACAGCCCCUGGAUUUAGUCAAGAAUCGUAUGCAGCUUAGCGGAGAAGGAGGCGGUGCGAAACAAUAUAAAACAAGCUUCCAUGCAGUUACUGGUAUAUUGCGAAAUGAAGGCAUCAUAGGAAUCUAUUCAGGGCUGUCAGCUGGUUUGCUGAGACAAGCCACGUACACGACGACGCGACUCGGCAUCUACACUUGGCUGUUCGACCUUUUCCGAGGUAAAGAUGGCUCACCUCCAAACUUCUUCAUGAAAGCUGGCAUUGGAAUGGUGGCCGGAGCGACUGGGGCAUUUAUUGGCACACCUGCUGAAAUUUCUCUCAUCAGGAUGUGUGCCGAUGGAAGGUUACCUGUUGCGGAGCAACGGGCAUACAAGAACGUAUUUGAUGCUCUUUUCCGAAUAAUAAAGGAGGAAGGCGUUCUUACUCUAUGGAGGGGUUGUGGUCCGACGGUCGUUCGAGCCAUGGUAGUAAAUGCUGCGCAGCUGGCUUCUUAUUCACAAGCCAAGCAGUUCUUGCUCUCAACCGGUUACUUCAGCGAGAACGUCUCCUGCCACUUCGUCGCGAGCAUGCUCAGCGGUCUCGUGACGACGGCCGCGUCCAUGCCCGUCGACAUCGCGAAGACCCGCGUCCAGAACAUGAAGGUCAUCAACGGCGUGCCGGAGUACAGGGGAGCCAUCGAUGUCCUGGUCAAGGUCGUGCGCAACGAGGGCUUCUUCUCGUUGUGGAAGGGCUUCACGCCGUACUACGCCCGCCUCGGACCGCACACGGUCCUCACCUUCAUCUUCCUCGAGCAGAUGAACAAGAACUAUCGCCGCAUUGUGUUCGGCGACACGUCGGGUCACGGCGGCGGCCUGUAACCGCAGCGACGGGUAGAUUGUGGUAGCGUUUGUGUUAGCGUUAGACAGAGAGAUAAUAGUCAAAGACAGAGAGACCGUCCCUGGCCUGCAUUGUACAAUUUUAAUUGAUUUGAUGGCCGAGCAUUGUAGUGAGUCACUAGCUAGUGCUUACCUUAGGGGGUGAUGAGGGUUAGUGCAAGGAAUAGAAAAUACCUGGCAUGAUAUUGGUAGCACAGCUACAUCUGGCGUGGUAGGUACCAAACUACGUAUCUGGUCAAUUAAAUAUUAGUUGAUGUUGGGAAUUUUAAAAUAGGUCAUUCAAAAUGCGCUUUUUGCCCCCAUUUGCUAAUAUUGAAUAAAGGGAAGACGGUGUAAUGCGAGCUAACAGAGUAAGCUUAACUAAGAAUGCAUGAUUUAUUAACAAAAUCGUAAACUAUUGUUUAACUCUUGAUUAUGGUAAACACAUUAAUAAUUUAGCUUGAAUUGUUCACGAUUCAUUAAAACGUAAACAUGAAUGUGGACCACAGUACCAGCAAGUGUGUAUUAAAUCCUUAAUGACUAUGAAACCAUUAUAACUAGUCACAUUCUAUCCAAUAAGGUUUAGUUAGAGACUAUGUCAAUAGGUGCUGAUAUUACUGUACUCAGUUUAUUUGCGAACCAGGUUCUCCAUCCUGGUUGUUAAAGCUUUUUUUCUCACCGACCAUCCUUCUGUUUUUACUAAGUGGAUGGUGUUAGUGUGAUUUUAUGGUACACGGUAUUCAAUCGGUACUGCAGUACAGCCACAAAGUCUUCCAUAUUAUUUGCUGAUAAUUAUGCACAAAGUAGCUACCAUAUUCUAUUGUACAGCAGUAAACAGCAUGUUUUUCCACGCGAGCAUCUAUGGAACCUGAAAUUUUAUUUUGCUUUUACUUGGGGAAAUGAAUGGAUGGAGACAGAACAUUAUGAAAUCAACUUGCUUCCAAUUGUGGCGAUAUUCUCUGUCAUUGUGUUAAUCGGUUGCAGGUUAACUGAUGAGAGUAGGUAUGGCGGGUGGUGUUAGCUACCCAUUUGAACACAUACCAUGCACUCCUGCUGCCCUGCAGUUGAACUAUUUUGAUAUUGGUUUUAUAUGUCAGAGUUGUCGUUUUGAUACAGUCCUGUGAAAUUGUGUGAUUAAUAUAACACCGGUCGAGUACCACAACUUUUAUAAUA